AUGUUGAAAAACACGCUGAGAGCGGCCAAGUCGGUCGAACAACUCUCAACCCGACUUGCUCAUGGUAAGCCAACCUCCAGAAAGAUCCCAGACUCUGCUCCUUCCGAGCUCCGAGAAGCUUUCUCCCAUUUCUUUGAUCCGGUGGUAAGCUCUUCUAAUUUUUUGUUUUGAAUUUUAGUUACGUACGAAGAAGAAGGAACACUGAUCGUAUUUUGCCAUAAUUUUGAGAGACGUAUUUCACCAUCAUUUUUCAGGAGAAAGUUGCUGCUCCCACAGGCAAAGGAGGACACCGUUUGGUCGCCCAUGUUGCACCAUCCCCAGUCUACGAAGGAGUGGCUCGGAAGUUGGGGUACAGACAUAAGAAUGGCUUCCAGGAACUUUAA